CACACAUGGUCGUGGGCGACUCCUCCCGGGGAUUUUCUCACGUCGAGGGGAGGGGAAAUGACGGAACCGUAGAUAACUUACAGAAUUAUUAUUAUUUUAUUUUUUUCCACUCUCGUGGAUUCCAGCGAGUGGGUGAGUGGAUGGCGCAUUGAGGGGGUAAAAAUCACGCUGAAAAGUGGCUUUGAAGGAUGGCUCUCCUGGUCGUGCUCCUGCACACGGGGCUCGUUUUGGGCUCCAAUUACGGGUACGUGGAGUGGUCGGACGACAACGCGGUUAUUGGUACCCACGUCGCGAACCGGGAGCCGCCCCACCAGCCCACGGCGCGCGCCGUGGUGGCGCACAAGAUCGAGGAGGACCUCCCCCGGGUGGUGACCGCCUUCCUCCACAGCGGCGACUCGGCCGCGCUGAGGCAGGUCAACUGCUCGCGGAGGUACGAGCUGAGCAGCCUGCGUGGGGGCCUCCACGCCGCCUCGCACUACCCGCUGCGCGGCGUCCUGGAGACCGUGACGCACGCCACCAACUUCCUGAGCAUGAUCCUGCAGGCCAACAACAGGUCCGGGGAGGGCGCCGACCUGCUCUGGUACCACGCGUUGGUCCGCAGCAUCCUGGAGGGCGACCCCAAGAUCCACCGGGCGGUGGUGAGCCUCCACGGGGACGCGCCGACGCCGAGCCCGCACGUCUUCCUGCAGGCGACCCGCAGCGAGGAGCGGGUGGUGCUGCGCGACCUCUCCGGCUCCGCGCACCGGCUGCUGAGGAGCCGCAGCCCCGAGUCCGAGUGGUUCAACGAGUUCAGGGACGGGAGGAGAGCACACACGCACAAGUCCAAGACUGGAGUCCACCUGCUGGAACAGAACCACAUCAAGUGGUCCGCGCCGUACCUGGAGUGCGAGCAGGGGGCUUUUGUGCCCUACUGGCUGCUCACCUUGUCGGCGGGCUUCUACGGACUCAGGGGGGACUCUGCACCCCAGUUCAGAGGUGUUGUCCGUGUGGAUGUCAACCUGCAGGAUGUGGAUAUUGACCAGUGCUCCAACAGCGGCUGGUUUGCGGGGACUCAUCGCUGUAACCUCACCAGCAUGGAAUGCACGCCCAUCGCUGGCCACGGAUUUGUGUUGGACAAGUACAGGUGCCAGUGCAGGAGAGGAUUUUACCAUCCCAGUCGUGUGGCGCUCAACGGCUUUAAAAGUAAGCAGCAGGACCCUCAGAGAGACGACGCGGCUGAUGUUUCCACCAAGUGCCUUCCUUGCCACGAGGGCUGUCCCUACUGCAGAGACAACACGCCCUGCCUCGCCCAGGAGGACAGCGGGCUGCGGCUCGCUGUGGCCUCUUUCCAGGGUUUGUGCAUGGUUCUGGACCUGGCCACUAUGGUGGCAGUCUACCACCUCAGAAGAAAUAAGAGCAUCCGCACAUCUGGAUUCAUUCUGCUGGAAGCAAUGUUGUUUGGGGCUUUACUGCUGUACUUCCCUGUGAUGAUACUGUACUUCCACCCCAGUGUCUUCCGCUGUAUCCUCCUGAGAUGGGUACGCCUGUUGGGGUUCGCCAUCAUGUACGGCACCAUCGUCCUCAAACUGUACAGAGUGCUGAAGGUGUUCCUGUCCCGCACGGCCCAGAGGACGCCCUACAUGACCAGCUGGCGAGUCCUGAGACUGCUGACGGUGAUCCUGCUGGUGGUACUGUGGUUCCUGGUGGCCUGGACCUCCGCGGUGUGUCAGAACCCGGCGCUGACUCAGGCUUUAAUCACAGCUGGCUUCUCCACAGAAGGACUGCAGUUUAGCAUGUGUCUGCUGGACCGCUGGGACUACAUGAUGGCUGUGGCGGAGUUCCUGUUCCUGCUGUGGGGCGUCUACCUGUGCUACGCCGUCCGAACCAUUCACUCGGCGUUCCACGAGCCGCGCUACAUGGCGGUGGCCCUCUACAACGAGCUCCUGCUGUCGGCCGUAUUCCACGUCAUCAGGUUUUCCCUGGCUCCUGGACUUCAUCCAGACUGGAUGCUGAUGCUGAUCUUUGCUCACACUCAUCUAACUGUCACCGUGACUGCGGGUCUGCUUCUGGUUCCAAAGUUCCUAUCCAAAGGGAGUCCCACCCGCGAUGAUGUCGCAACCGAGGCCUACGAGGAGGAGCUGGACAUCGGUAGGUCCGGUUCUUACCCCAACAACAGCAUCGCCUCGGCCUGGAGCGAGCACAGCCUGGACCCCGAGGACAUACGGGAUGAGUUGAAAAAGCUGUACGCUCAGCUGGAGGUCUACAAGCGCAAGAAGAUGCUGGCCAACAACCCGCACCUCCAGAAGAAGCGCAACUCCAAAAAGGGCCUGGGUCGGACCCUGAUGAAGAGGAUCACCGAGAUCCCCGAGACCAUGCACAUACACCGCCAGUGCAGCCGCGACGACGGCAGCGAGCACGGCAGCAACCGCAGCACUUUGAGGAGGAACCACAUGGAGAUGAGCCAUCAUCACGGAAAAGCCAGAGAAGACUCCUUGAAGAACAGCGUGAUGGGCUUGCAGAAGUCGCUGAGCUAUGACCACGUCUGUGACCCCGACCAGGGAAGCCAAAGCGGCUCCACAGCAGGAGACAAAUUGACUCCGGUUGGAGUUGCCGGGGAAGGCUCUCUCCUGGGUUCCCUCAUCGGCCGCAAACACUCCAAGAAGCAGCUGGAACCGGCCGCCCCGCCGUCGAAGCUGGAGCCGGCCGAGUCCGCCGAGUCGGUGCCGCUCUUCUGGAAAUCGGCCAGCGUUCACAACCUGACGCACGAGAAGAGGCCGGUGCAGCUGCGGACGUCCAUCAUGCAGAAGUCUCUCAGCGUGAUCGCCAGCGCCAAGGACAAGAUGCCGGGGCUCGCCAACAAGACGCAGAGCGCGGAAGACGCCGGCAAGAGAGGUCUGAAGUGCCAGGAGGGAGUGCUGUCGGAGGUGGAUGAGACACCUGAACAUUAUCCCAAAAUGAUCAUCAGCCAAUCGGUGGAGUAUUCCAAGACACCCUUGAAGAUGGGCAUCAUGAAGCAGCAGGUGAGCGGCAGCCAGCCGUCCAUUUGUUCUGAGACGGGCAGGAACCUCUACGACGUGUCUGAAGUUGGUCCCUGGGAGAUGGAGGAGCCGCAGACGCCCUCCGAGGUCAAGACUCAGAAGCAUGUGUCCAUCGCCCCGGAGGAAGCCAAUGCGGGCCGUAGAGGAAGUAGCGGCUCUGGCGUCAGCAAAUGUAGUCGAUCUCAGCAGAGACCGAAAACUGGACAGUCGCCUUCUAACAGGCGGCGUUCCAAAGAUAGAGGAGGGGACAGGGAGGAGAUACGGAAAACCCGUGCACCCAGGUCGCCUCUGCCUCUCAGGCCAGAUGUGUCCCCCUGGGAAUUCGAGGAGCAGCCCAUGCUGGAGGGGGUCUCAGACUGUAUUUCGCCAGACCGAAUCCGGCGGAAGAAAAGCGUCACCCCGACUGACGGGAAGCCCAAGGCCCUCCACUCGGACCACUCCAAGUCCACGGGAAGCCUUCUGCAGCCUCCCACCUUAAUGGUGGAGAUCUGUCCUUGGGAUUACAGCAGCCCGCCCUCACCCAAGCAGGAGAAGUCCUGCGGCAGUCCCUCCACGCACAAGAAGAAGCGGAAAGGUUCCUGCUCGUCCGCCCACAAAGCAGAGAAGGAGAAAGGCCGGGAGAAACCCCGGGAGAGACGGAGCUCCUCCAGCAAGCCCACGUCAGAGCGAAGGCGCGUCAGCCAGUCGUCGGAGUGCACCGGGCCCGUCUCCGAGCGGCGGAGGAGCUCCAGCAGAGACCCUGAGGGGAUGGUGGUCAGGAAGGCGGAGGUCCUCUCGAGGGAGACGGAAACCAAACACACCUCCACUGACAGGAAGAACGAGCGCAGUCACAAACCUGCAGUUGUUGGCGCUCCAAAAAUGGCCGAUGUCUGUCCCUGGGACUUUGAGGACCCAGACCGCGGGGAAAGGGCAUGAUGGAUGACCGUUUUUUCUACUGACUCAUGAGCAGCCUCAAAAGCAAGAACGCUGCAUGAAUGAAAACAAUCUGUCAGUCCUACUUCUGCACUUUUUAGGAAGAACGUGGCGAUUUUUUUUUCUCACACAUUUUCAAACUCAUCCCAUUGCCAAACACUCAAUCCUUUGAUCUUUUUCUGUACUUAGAAAAGUCAAUGACAGAGUCAAGGCACAAUCAGUGAUCAUUCAACACAAGUCAGUGUGUUGAGAAGCAAUACAAGCCAAAGGGACUUGAAUCAUGAAGGAUCUUUGUAAUUAUGCCAGGGAUUGUUUUGGGGGCCAUUUUCAAAGGGGUGUCAAAAACGUCGAUUCUCGAAAGAGUAGCAAUUCUUAUCUGUAACGAUUCUUAGUCUGUUCUUUCCAGUCAUUUUUAAUGUUCGAACUGAGAAACUUGUUGUUUUUUUUUUGGCAAAUAAUCAUUGACUUAGAAUUUAAUGGCAGCAACACAUUGCAAAAAAGUUGGCACAGGGGCAUUUUUACCACUGUGUUACAUGGCCUUUCCUUUUAAGAACACUCAGUAAUCGUUUGGGAACUAAGGAGACCAAAUUUUUGAAGCUUUCCAGGUGGAAUUCUUUCCCAUUCUUGCUUGAUGUACAGCUUAAGUUGUUCAACAGUCCGGGGGUCUCCGUUGUGGUAAUUUAGGCUUCAUAAUUUUCAAUGGGAGACAGGUCUGGAUUACAGGCAGGCCAGACUCGUACCCGCACUCUUUUACUACAAAGCCACGCCGUUGUAACACGUGGCUUGGCAUUGUCUUGCUGAAAUAAGCAGGGGCGUCCAUGAUAACGUUGCUUGGAUGGCAUUAUAUGUUGCUCCAAAACCUGUAUGUACCUUUCAGCAUUAAUGGUGCCUUCACAGAUGUGUAAGUUACCCAUGUCUUGGGCACUAAUACACCCCCACACCAUCACAUAUGCUGGCUUUUCAACUUUGCGCCUAUAACAAUCCGGAUGGUUCUUUUCCUCUUUGGUCCCGAGGACACCACGUCCACAGUUUCCAAAAAAUAUUUGAAAUGUGGACUCGUCAGACCACAUAACACUUCUCCACUUUGCAUCAGUCCAUCUUAGAUGAGCUCGGGCCCAGCGAAGCCUGGGUGUUGUUGAUAAAUUGCUUUGGCUUUGCAUAGUAGAGUUUUAACUUGCACUUAGGAUGUAGCAACCAACUGCAGUUACUGACAGUGGUUUUCUGAAGUGUUCCUGAGCCCAUGUGGUGAUAUCCUUUACACACUGAUGUUGCUUUUUGAUGCAGUACCGCCUGAGGGAUCCAAGGUCACGGGUGUUCAAUGUUGGUUUUCAGCCUUGCUGCUUACGUGCAGUGAUUUCUCCAGAUUUUCUGAACCCUUUGAUGAUAUUACGGACCAUACAUGGUGAAAUCCCUAAAUUCCUUGCAAUAGCUUGUUGAGAAAUGUUGUUCUUAAACAAUCUUCUCACGCAUUUGUUCACAAAGCGGUGACCCUCGCCCCGUCCUUGUUUGUGAAUGACUGAACAUUUCACGGAAGCUGCGUUUAUACCCAAUCAUGGCACCCACCUGUUCCCAAUUAGCCUGUUCACCUGUGGGAUUUUCCAAAUAAGUGUUUGACGAGCAUUCCUCAACUUUCUCAGUCUUUUUUGCCACUUGUGCCAGCUUUUUUGAAACAUGUCGCAGGCAUCGAAUUCCGAAUGAGCUAAUAUUUGCAAAAAAUAACAAAGUUUACCAGUUCGUACAUUAAAUAGCUUGUCUUUGCAGUCUAUUCAAUUGAAUAUAAGUUCAUUAGCAAAUCAUUGUAUUCUGUUUUUAUUUACCAUUUACACAACGUGACAACUUCACCGGUUUUGGGUUUUGUACUUAAUCAUAGAACCAACACCCAAUGUUAUUAACAAAAUAUUGAUUUUGAAUCGAGAAUGGAUUCUGAAUCGAAUCGUUACCUUUAAGAUUCAAAUCGAACCGUGUGGUGCCCGAAGAUUGACAGCCCUACAUUUUCAGAAAAAUGAGGACCGUACUUCUCCCUCAAGUCUUAUUUUAAGUGUCUUUUUAAGGACCUUCUGCAAAAGUCCUAGUCAAAGAUCAUCUCUAUGACAGCACUCCAAUGUUUUUUAAGAAUCUGCUGCAAAAAUGUGAGGUUUUUUUACCUGAACUCAUUGAAUAGCACAAAGGGAGAACAAGAGAGGACCUAAGAUGGAACCUUGAGGAACACCAGUGGUAUAACUACGAACUACUGACUGCAUGUGAAGUAAACAAGCUACAACUUAGUUACAUGAGUCACAUUAGGGAAAAUAACUGCCAAAAAUGGAGAGGACUUAAAGGGGUGCCUUGAGGAACGCCUCAGUUAUGUAAAUGCCAAGUUAGGACCCUAAUGUUCUAGGUUUGGAAGCAGGGUUAAAAUGUCAAUGCAAGGACCUGCCAAUGUGUUUACAUGGUCCAAGUUCCUCCUGUUUUUAAGAAUUGGCUGCAAAAAUGUUGGUUCGAAGUUUGGAACUGACCUCGGGAUUAUGCAAAUGUAUGCCUGGGUUGUUUUUUUUCCCCCCCAUUUCCCCUUCGAAGGAAAUAAUAUGGAAGAUGUCGGUCAAUCCAAGAUGUGUAGUUUUUCUGCUACGUCAAGUCACUUUUAUUGCUGGUCGGCAUUUUUUUAGCUCGUCAUCUUUUUAUACCACACUUCUUUUUUUUUUUACCAGAAGGAACUUGAAUCUUGCUCUUGUUUACCAGCAGGUCUGCCCCUUACUGGAAUAUUGACGUAUGAAACCCCCCCGAUAGGUCCAGUGGGAGCUCGUUAUAAUAUAUUCAACACUGACAAUGCACAAAC